AUGAUAGGUACAGAGGUAGCUGCUGUGUUCCUGAAGCGUCGGGUUCAGCCGAUCAUGGCUAGGGCUCACCCGAUGUGGUUAUAUUCUGGUCCCAAGGAUGAUACUAGGAUAAAUAUUGUUGAACUAUCAGAAAAGGAACUGCUUGACGAAGUUCGACGCCUCACUCUCUUCAGCCAGGAAGAUUCAAUUCCACUGAUAUCUUCCCAUCCACCUUUUGAUGCAAAUCAUCCACCAAUGGAGAUCCCCAUGGCUCCCGAAAGCUUUCGAGACCUGCCGGACGAUGCUUCUGAGGGAAGAGAUUCCUCGGCCCCUUUCAUCGAGCUGUUCGUCCAGUUCGUGCCCGACCGGCACUGCCGGUCCUUCCCAGCGGCACUGCCGUGCUCCCGGCACUGCCGGUUCGUCGUCAGCGGCACUGCCGCCCGCCUCUAUCUUCCUCCUCACGCGCAGCACUACAACGCCAUCAAGCCGCUCGCGCCGCCCAUCACCACCUUCGCAUCACCUGCGCCCAACGCCACCAGGCCACAAUCGUGCAGCAGCUCGGUCGCUGCCCCGCCCCACUCGCCCCCGCCUCGAUCCGCCCCGCGCUCGAUUCCAUUGACCACCACCAGCCGCCGCCGCCCCUGGCUCCCCUGGCCGCACGCCUUCGCCCAGGCCACGCCCAAGCCACCGCGCGCCGCCUCCACCAGGCCCAGCCAGGCCGCCGCCCGCACCGAGCCCAGCCAGGCCGCCGCCAGCAGCCCACGCACCCACAGGCUCCCGCGCAGCAGCUCCCCCGACCACCUCCGCUCGCCGCGCUGCGGACCCGGCCCGCGCAGCAGCUCUUCCGCUCGACCAGCAACAGCCCGCCCGCCCCUUGCUGUUUCGCUCCACGCGCGGCCAAGCCAAGCAGCCCCAGGCCACAGCCGCGCGCACGCCACCAGCUCCACCUCGCGCAGCUGCCCAGUACCAACCGGCACUGCCGGCCGAAUUCCAGCGGCACUGCCGCCGACCCCACCCAGCAUCGCCGGCCAUCCCACAGCGGCACUCGCCGGCCAUAUACAUCCGCUGUUUCAGUUUCGCUCCAUUCUGACUCACAUUUUUGCCCCAAAUUUUGACAACUUUCCGGCGUCCGUUUGA